AUGGAGACCAUGCAUGGAUACGGCGACUCGUGGUUCGAGAACCUCAACACCCAAAGAAUGCAGUACGAGCAACAACAUCAACCACACAACUACGGCGACUCGUGGUUCGAGAACCUCAAUAACCAGAGAGUGCAGUACGAGCAACAACACCAACCACACAACUACGGGGCAGCUUGGUUCGACGGUUUCGAGCAAAUGUGGGAACAAUGGCAAGACUCCAAGAACGGGGGACACGCCUGA